AUGCAGAUGAUUCAGUCUUCAUUUCAAUUUGGUGGGUUACCUAGUGAUGAUUCUAAUUCUCAUUUGGUAAAUUUCCUGGAGAUUUGUGAUACCUUUAAAUGCAAUGGAGUAACUGAUGGUGCUAUUAGAUUGAGAUUGUUUUCGUUUUCUCUGAGGGAUAAAGCAAAGAGCUGGCUUAAUUCAUUGCCUAAUUGGUCUAUCACUACAUGGGAAGAUUUGGCACAAAAGUUUCUAGCAAAAUUUUUUUCGCUUGCCAAGAUUGCAAAGAUGAGGAACGAUAUCACCUCAUUCACACAAUUUGAUGGUGAGCCCUUGUAUGAAGCUUGGGAGAGGUCAAUUAAAACCACAAUUGAUGCUGUUGUUGGUGGUGCAUUAAUGAGUAAGAAUGCUACAGAUGCUUAUAAUUUGUUGGAAAAAAUGGCUUCAAAUAAUCAUCAAUGGCCUUCAAAAAGGUCAGGUCCGAGAAAAGCUGUUGGAGCUUAUGAAAUUGAUGCACUUCUCAACUUAACUGCUCAAGUAGCUGUGCAAGUGGCUGCACUGUCCAAGAAGUUUGACGCACUAGGAGUUCAUGCAGUUUAA